CUGCGCGCUGUCUUCUGCUGUUUCUCUCCCUUCCUCCGCACUUCCUCCGAUCGUCUCGCCUGCGGCGCCGGCGACCGUCGGGCAGCGGCCAUGCGGGUGGCACCCAAGGUGCUCGUCCUCGUCCGCGACACCGCAGGAUACGGCGCAGCCAUCGCCGACGCUCUCCGCCCGCCGCCGGGGCUCACGAGGGAGUCCUCGCCCUUAGAGCUCCCCCUCGGAAAGUACGGCCUCGACGGCGAGAAGGCGUCCGUCGAGCUCCUGAGCUUCUCCGAUUCCAGUGGCUCUCCUCAGGUGACUAUUUUUGUUGUGCCAGAUUAUAAGCCCCCUCUUGCGGCUUGUGCUAUGAAUGAGGUCUUAGAACUGAUUUCUUCUGAAGCUACCUCCACUGAGCAAGUUUUGAUUGUCCCAUUCAUCACAAGAUCAUCAAGCUAUCAUCAUGGAAUGGAAAAUGCAACAAAAGCAUCACCUGUACUUCAUGGUGCUGAAAUAGGGGCAACAACUGACUUUACUCACUUGUUUGUUGAUGGGACUACUAAACCUCCUACAUCCUUGCAAAUACGUACUGAACCAAUAUUGUGUUUGCUGGAAAUGGUGCGCGUGUUGAAGAUGCCUACAGUUCUUUUUGUUGCUUCUGGUGGGCAGCAGCAAGGCAAAAGCUCUACAGUUUCUGAUCUUGAGAUACUGCAAUGCGUAGGGGAGCACUUGGCCAGGCACACCAACUUGGAGUUCAGCAAAGAAUCCAUUCUGGAGAGAGGGAUCGAAAAAUCACCAAUCAUUCAGGAACCCUGGCGCGAGUUAUAUGGGUGACAAAAUUCUUGCAUGUUGGCACCCUUUGGUCUUAGCUUAGUCGGCCAUACAUGCUUUGAGUGAAUUGUGUGGUGUUUUUGGUGCUGGAAUCAUGAUAGUUCUGGUUUCUCACUCUCUGUUAAAGUCUGUAAUAGUUCAUAUAGCUCCACCGGCAGUUGAACUUGUAGACUCUGGAUCUCUGAUGUUUACCCUGCAGUUGAACACGAAAGGAACAUUCCUAGAAAACAGUGUUCGGAGUUCAGGUCUUAUAAGCUUCAAUUCUUCGGGGCAUUUGUGUUUAUACCCCUGCUUUCAA